AUGAUGCCAUUGAACAUUGUUAUCAUCGGCGCCGGGCUUGGCGGGCUAGCAGCUGCCCUCUCGAUCAAGCAGGAAUCACCCCAUCACGAUGUUCUGGUUGUCGAAUCAGCCCCAAUGCUGGCCGAGAUCGGUGCUGGCCUUCAGCUGACCCCCAAUGCUACGCGACUGUUGCUCAGAUGGGGACUGAAGUCUAGGUUGGAACCCUUGGCGAGCAGCCCAGAGGAAUUUGUUGUGCGUCGCUAUGAUGGCAAAAAGCUUCUUGGUGAGCGUCAAGGCUUCGCUGCAGAGAUGUUUGACAAGUUUGGGUCGUAUUACUGGGACAUGCAUCGAGCCGACCUUCAGCUUGCAAUGUACGAACGGGCGGUAUCUCUCGGCAUUCGAUUUCAAUUUGGCGUUCUUAUCACAGAGAUCAAUGGUUAUCUGCCAGAAUUAACGUCUGACAAAGGUGAAAGUUUUACUGGAGACUUGGUAAUUGCAGCAGAUGGGCUCUGGUCAAAGGCACGGUCAGCGGUCAGUGGUCACCCCACCCCUCCUCUACCUACGGGAGAUCUAGCCUACCGGAUUGUCCUCGAGGCAAAGGAUCUGAAGGAUCAAGAGCUGCUAGAUUUUACAAGGAAAUCUAGAGUGUGUUUAUGGGUUGGCCCUGGCUGUCACGCUAUAUACUAUCCUCUUCGAAAUAACAGCAUGAUCAACAUUGUCCUGCUAGUUCCGGAUAAUCUGCCGGAUAAUGUGGCCAAGAUGCCAGGGAGCAUUUCAGAGAUGAAGGAAAUAUUCAAGAGCUGGGACCCACUUUUGCGAAAGCUUUUGGAUCAAGUCGACGGGGUUGAGAAGUGGAAACUUAUGCAUUUACAUGAGAUGGAAAAGUGGUAUAAUGAAGAUGCCACUGUGGUAUUCCUGGGUGAUGCCUGUCACCCAAUGCUUCCGUACAUGGCACAAGGAGCUGGAUCUGCUCUCGAAGACGUUACCACGGGUAUUGGAGACAUAUCAGAACUUGAGAGCACCUCGAAGUACUGCAUUACAGAAAUGGAGCCUGAAACAGGUAAAAUUACAAACAUUCACGGCAGAGUACAGAAAACUUACACCCCCUCCCAGAGACACGUUAACCAUCUGCCGGAUGGCCGGGAACAAGAAGAGAGAGAUCGGCUGGCAGCAUCCCAGAUCCAUGACCAGCAACCCGGCUACCCUUUUUACUGGAUUGACCCUGCGGCACAGCAGUUUACUUAUGGAUACGAUGUUAUUACGGAAUUGAAAAAGAUUGGUGUGGAAGCUUCGGUGAUGCCAGGUCUCUGA